AUGUCCUAUGCAAAACAGUGGCAGUCAACAGGAGCAACAACAGGAACAAAUAUUAGUCAAACUUUAGCGUCAGAAGCACGUCUUAAUCGUCUUCAUCGUUUAUUUAAAACACAUUUUAAUGUUACUGAACCAUCACUUAUUCUUGAACCUUAUCUAUUUCUUGGUAAUUGUAUUUCAGCACACGAUACGCAUCGCCUAUCAAAAUUAGGCAUUCGUUAUAUUCUUAAUGUAGCUAUACGUGAUGUUGAAUUAUGUCCAUAUUAUUCAAAUGAUAUACGUACACUUACAAUUGAUCUUCGUGAUGAUGAUCGAGAAAAUAUUAUACGAAUAUUUGAUCAAGCAUUUGCAUUUAUUGAUGAAGCAAGACGAAAUAAAUCUCGUGUACUUGUUCAUUGUAGUCAUGGACAAAGUCGAUCACCAGCUAUAGUUGUUGCUUAUCUUAUGCGUUCAUAUAAUGUCUCACUUGAACAAUGUCUUGUUCAUGUUAUUAAAGCUCGUCCAUGUGUUGUACCUAAUGAUGGAUUUCUAAAACAAUUAAUUCUUUUUGAUCGUUUUCUUGUUGAUCGACGUCGACAACGACAAGAAGCAGCUAUUAUGAAAGCUGUUAAAACUGUACCAUCAACUGAAAUUCCAAUUCAACAUAAACCAUCUGUCACAUCACAUCCUGCACAACCAAUAAUUCCUAUGAUAUUACCACCACCAGACCAAUCUAACAAUGAAUCUUCUAAUUCUACACAUCUCUCAUCUAUUGAUUCAUCAAGUGUAGGACAAACAUCAACAUCAAGUGUAGGACAAACAUCAACGUCAAGUGUUCAAUCAUCAACAAGUGCUGAUUCAAUACAAAUCAUUCCAAUUCAAGUUCAAGUUCAACCAAAAGUAUCUCAUUCUGAAAAGGUUAAACCAAUUCUAAUUAAAACAGCAUCAAUUACAGAUGAACCUACUGAACAAGAAAUAAAAAAUGACGCUAAAAAAUUCAUAGAAAAAGUUGCUAUGACAGAUAAAAGAAUGGCAUCUGGUAAAUCAAAUCGUGAAAUGAUGGUAUUUGAUCCUACAGCAUCACGUAAAAAACGAUCAGGUGCUUUUAUUACAAGUAUUGUUAAGCAAACUCAUUCACCAUCAUCACGAUCUCAAUCAGCUCAUACAGGUCGUAUAAAAAUGAAUCAUUACAAUUAUUAUUCACCUUUACCUGCGACUCAACAAUGGGAAGUUAUUCCUUAUUAUCCUAAUAAUGAUCAUAUAUUACAGAGAAAAGCACAAACACAAUAUAUCACAGAAAUUUAUGAUAAAGCAACAAAACGUUUUAUUCCAAUAACAUGUUAA